CUCAAGCCGGUCACGGCGCACCAUACGCCCGCCUGUCGAACCAAUGACAUGGACCCGGACCCCCUCUACUUCUUUAUAACCUAGGCUACUACAGCAGAGAGGUAGGGGGCCCCAGCCAACCCAGGUGGUGAGCAACCAAACUGGGUGGAGCUUUGACCUAAUCCUGCAAGGGUCGAAAGACAAGCAAAAGACAUCCUGCACACCAUAUUUCCUGGACCAUCAAGGAGCAGGGAAACAUGUUAGUAUAUCAAACACAGAGGGUAGUCAGAUGCAAAACAGCUGACAUACACCCAACCCUUUUCAAAAGUCUUGUUUCGUUUCAGCGAGCACAGGCCCCAGAUAAAAGAAGAGAGAGAGUAGAGUGUGAGUGGACCACAGUGAGAGGGUCUCUGCCUGCCUAUGUGUAGGCUUGGGAGAUGCACUCACAAAGCCAGUAUAGUAUAAUGGUAGGCAUGUCCUGAUUAACCAGCUACUUUUAUGCAAGUUACAGUGGGCGACUGAGUGCUUGUGAUUGAAGGAAAGUUACCCAUAGAGUCCCCAUAGACUCCAGCAGAGGGCAAAGCUUGUGUGAGAAAGAGCUGUAUGUGUCAUCAUAUUUGCACAAUAUAAGUUUAAAUUAAAUUAAAAGCUGUACUUAUCAAUGGAUCAUGGAUCACAUAGAAUGAAGUGCUAAUUGCUCUGUGUCUGUUGAAUGUGUAAGCUAAUCACCGUGCCAACUUUAGCUGAUGUAAGGCGACGUGUCGUGAGUGUUGUUCUGUUUCCCCCAAGUGACUUAUUUCAUGGCAACUUUGGGGCAAUUGAAAUAAGUUCUAAACAAAACACUGAUAUAUUAUCACUAUAUGGCUGACUUGUUAGCAAAUAGUUGCUUUACACAUUCAGCAGUCACUUAGUAAUAUUAGCAUUCAUUUGGAGUUGACCUGAUGAAUGUUGGUCUGAUCCACUCUCUGCCAACAGCUAAAUGCUCCAUUAUGCUCACCACCUAUCUACUUAAUGUGUCUGUCGGCCAUUUUGUACUGGGCAGGCGGUAUGUUGGGAGCUUUGCUGAUGAAAACAGUUGCCUGCUGUCACCAGUUAAUUUUAUCACAACCAUUGCUUAUAUAAAGAAAAUAUUAAUGAUAGUCACCUUUAAUCUGUCUUUUCACGUGUUUCUCUUCUUUCGUUCACACGCUAAGGAACAGGAACUCUACAUUUCUUAAUUACUUUGAAUAGGAAGUUAAAAAAGUCUAUGAACUGAACUGUCCAUUUCUUACCAACAGUGGCAACUGUGUCAGUGUAAAUGGAUGCCGCAUCAAAGCACAACUUCUGCACAACUUCUGCACAAAUGUCUUCUUCUGACACUUUUCUCAAAACAAGUCCAAGGUCAUGUUAUCUGAAGGCAAAUUGGCUGUGAGUGUUCAUAAAAUCUGCCCAGUAGUUUUAAGAAAUGGGGGCGUUCAAAUGACAACGCUUAUCAGAUGUCAGGAAGUGGCUGAGUGUCUUCACAGCUCAGUUUGAGGAAACUGCACAAUGAUAUUUAAUGUGACACUUUAAAAUGAAAGAGCUACUGAACACCCACCGUUAAGACAAAUGUAUCUGUGACUCAAGGCUUGAGAUUGAUGGAAUCAAAUUUCGUCACAUUUUAAGCAUUUAGGUGACUCUCCUAUCGGAGCAGCUCACAGUGAUAAGAAAGUUUUUCUACUUUUGCUACUUUAGGAACAAUACAUAAGCACACUGGGGAGAGGAAAAAGUCGAAUAAACUGCUGCUAUAACUCAACCACUCCAAAAAAGCCAUGAGAAAGCAAAGAGAUCUCAUUACAGCACCAAGCUGACGCUCUAUUUUGCUGAGCAGUUUGUUAAUGGCAGAUAAUACACACACACACGCACACACACACACACACACACACAGUCUCACCCUGUUCUCAUGGUAUGCCAAAUGCAGAUCACAAUAACGCACAGGUCAUAUCACAGUUUUCCAGAGAUCACCUCAUCACUGCAGCUUCCUCCAGGGACUAUAUAGAGAGCUGAUGAGUGGCAGAGAUCCUCCUGAGUCCUGCAGGUUGAGCAUGCAUUACGCUCGGCCUAAAGUAUCCUGAUUUGGUGGUGAAGAUGCUUUUCUCUCUGGUCCGCUGUCUCAUCCUUCUACUCCUCUUGACCUUAACUGAUGCUGGGCGCACCCUGAUGAAGAUCAAGGAGCGAGUGCGUAAUCUCCAGCUGCAGAAAGCCAAGCAGCUCCUCCUGACGCACCCAGCCAGCGGUCGUCAGCCUCUCAGACAUGUGAAGGAGGGCAGGAUUCACCAGCAGCUGGACCACUUCAACCGAAAAGACGUCAGCACCUUCCCACAGAAAUUCUUUGUGAACGAGGCGCACUGGCAGCGUCCUGAUGGUCCAGUGUUCCUCUUCAUUGGAGGAGAAGGGCCCAUCUAUGAGUUUGAUGUUCUGGCAGGUCACCAUGUUGACAUGGCUGAAAAGAACGGGGCCCUGCUAUUGGCUCUGGAGCACCGUUUCUAUGGUGACAGCAUCAACCCUGACGGCCUCAAAACGGAGAACCUGGCAGACCUGAGCAGCCAGCAGGCGCUUGCUGACUUGGCUAUUUUCCACCAGUACAUCAGCCAAAGCUUCAACCUGAGCCACAGGAACACCUGGAUCAGCUUCGGAGGCUCGUACUCUGGAGCGCUGUCCGCCUGGUUCAGAGGAAAGUUUCCCCACCUGGUGUACGGAGCCGUGGCCUCCUCUGCACCUGUCAUGGCAAAGUUGGACUUCUCUGCCUACAGCGAUAGUGUUGGCCUGAGUCUCAUGAACGAAGCAGUUGGUGGCUCAGAAAAGUGUCUGGCUGGUGUGCGGGAAGCUUUUGCUGCUGCGGAAGCACUGAUGAGCAGGAAUGCCAGCCGGGUGGCCAGGGAUUUUGGCUGUUGUCAGAUCCCCAGGGAUCUUGAUGAUCAGAUUGAGCUGAUGCAAAACCUGGCCGACAUCAUCAUGGGAACAGUGCAGUACAAUGAAGAGGGGGUGCUCAUGUCUAUUGAUGAGAUCUGUACUGUGAUGACUAAUAAGAGCGAGGCAUGUGAGGAGGAGGUGGAGGCUUACAACCGCCUUGUUAAGCUUUCACAGAUCUACCACUCUACCAGCGAGGAGCCGUGUCUGGAUAUCUCCCAUGAGAAAACAGUGAAGAACCUGAUGGACACGUCCAUCCACUCAGGCCGGAGAGCAGAGAGACAGUGGACUUACCAGACCUGCACCGAGUUUGGCUUCUGUACAACACACACACACACACACACACACACACGCAUACAGCAACACGUACAUAGUCAACCAUCAUUCUGUCUUUGUCCUGACACCCUUUCUUUAUCUGUGUGUGUAGACCAGACCUGUGAGGAUGCCACCUGUCCGUUCUCUGGGAUGGUGACCCUUCAGUCCCAGAAUGAACUCUGCCCCAUACUGUUUGGCAUCUCCCAGCAUUCCCUGCCUGGACGCAUUGCCUUCACAAACACCUACUAUGGAGGAGACAACGCACACACACACAGGGUCCUCUAUGUCAACGGUGGAGUUGAUCCAUGGCGAAAGCUGUCGGUGGUCCAGGACAGGACUGAGGAAGGUGAUGAAGCUCAGACCAUUUUCAUUAAGGACACCGCUCACUGUGCUGACAUGAUGAGUGGGAGAGUCACAGACCGCUGCUCGCUCAAGAAAGCCAGACAGGAGAUUGAGAAGCAUGUGGUCAGCUGGCUGAAGAAGGCUGCACAGGAGAAGGUCUGAUCAGAUCACAUUAUAACCUGAUCAGCUCUUAUCGCUGUUUCCUUAAACAGAUAGGAAGCAGUUAAUAAGCUGGUGUGCAGAGCUGCUCUGAUCUCUCUCAUCUUCUUCCUCCUCCUCCAUUUCCUCUCUGAGCACACCCUGUUCUCCACCUCCGCACUGUCCAUUCAUAACUCAGCACUGUGCUUGAUUUGUGUGUUUGUGUGGACUGUUUUUUUUAAAGUGUACAGAUGUUUACCCUGAUUUUAAAGUUAUUACUAAUUUGGAAAUGCAGAUAGAGCUCCUUUUAUGCUUCUCUUCCCUUGCUAGUUUAGAUUUGAUAUUUGUAGAGAAUUUAAAGUUUACAUGUACUGAAUUUAUAAGUGUUUAUGCGUAUGCUCUUUUUUUUUUUUUUUUUUACAGUAUCCAUCACUUGCCAUACCCUGUAGUAUCACUAGGGUGCGAUAUUGCUACACGUGUCAAACCCUGUUCUAGCUCCUCAUUCUCUGUAAAACACAGAGAAUCAAAAUGCUGGUAUUCAUCUGUUGUCCCUAAUAAAAGGCAGGAAGUGUUGGUA